AAUACCUCUUAAGUUAUCACUAAAAAGAAGUAAUAAUGGGAAGUAUUGAGAGUCAAGAAACACAUGUUCUAUUGGUAGCCCUACCGUACCAAGGUCACCUCAAACCAAUGCUCAAAUUCGCCAAACUUCUCUCACGACCGAACCUACACUUCACUCUCGCCACCACCGAGCAAGCCCGUGACCUCCUCUCGACCGCCGCAGAAGAUGAACAACCGAGCCCGGUGGACCUCGCUUUCUUUCCCGACGGUCUACCUAAAGACGACCCAAGAGAUGCAGAUUCUCUCAUCGUGUCGUUGAAAAAUGUCGGAGCCAAGAACUUGUCUAAAAUCGUCGAAUCAAAGAGAUUCUCUUGCAUGGUCACCGUGCCAUUUGCUCCAUGGGUUCCAGGUGUUGCAGCUGCAUACAACAUCCCUUGUGCACUCCUCUGGAUCGAAGCUUGUGGAGCUUUCUCGGUUUAUUACCGUUACUACAUGAAGACAAACACUUUCCCCGACAAUCUCGAAGAUCUGACACAAACCGUUGAGUUACCAGGUUUGCCAUUGUUGGAAGUUGGAGAUCUCCCUUCAUUUCUCUUGCCUUCUGCAGGAAGUCACCUAAAUAACCUAAUGGUGGAUUUCAUCGAAUGCUUAAAAAAUGUGAAAUGGGUUUUGGUUAAUACAUUUUACCAACUCGAAUCAGAGAUAAUCGAUUCGAUGUCCGAGUUGAAACCGGUAAUGCCUAUUGGUCCUUUGGUGUCUCCAUAUCUACUGGGAGCUGAUGAAGACAAAACCCUAGAUAAUGGUGAUUGCAUGGAGUGGCUUGACAAGCAAGCUAGGUCUUCUGUUGUUUACAUAUCUUUUGGAAGUUUGCUCAAAUCGUCGGAGAACCAAGUCGAGAGCAUAGCGACGGCUCUGAGAAACAGAGGAGUUUCAUUCCUCUGGGUGCUUAGACCUAAGGAGAACGCUCAAAACGUCGCCGUUUGGCAGGAGAUGGUUCAAGAAGGACAAGGGGUCGUUAUUGAGUGGGGUCCUCAAGAGAGGAUAUUGAGCCACGUGGCGAUCUCUUGUUUUGUUACACAUUGUGGGUGGAACUCGACGAUAGAGACCGUGGCGACUGGUGUUCCGGUGGUGGCGUACCCGAGUUGGAUCGAUCAGCCGCUUGACGCGAGAUUGCUUGUGGAUGUGUUCGGAAUGGGAGUGAGGAUGAGGGAUGACGCUGUGGACGGCGAGCUUAAGGUCGCGGAGGUUGAGAGGUGCAUUGAGGCUGUCACGGAAGGACCCGCCGCGGAGGAUAUGAGGAGGAGAGCGACAGAGCUGAAGAAUGCAGCGAGAUCGGCGUUGGAGCCUGGUGGUUCGUCGGCUCGGAAUGUGGACUUGUUCAUCGCCCAUAUCACAACCACCUGA